GCCUAAUAGCCCCGGAGUGAAUCCGCUCCCUUCCGCUCGGCGACCCUCCCCCUCGCCCGCUGAGCCACGAAGGAGCGGGUGGACCCUUGCCACCGUAUCUUGCCUGCCCCACAUGCACUGCCGAAUGCUGCUCGGUCCGGUUUUGCCCACUUUGCUAACUCUAGAACCUACCGACCUCCUCUAGUCCCUACUGGCCUCUGUCCCCAGCGCAUCCUCCCGCUCCGGGGAGACGCACAGAUCUCAUAGCCUGGGGCUGGCUCGGAGCUUGGGUGGGGGGGCUCCAUCCUGACCGCCCCUCCUCUCUCCGCUUCCCUCACCCUCCUGCCUCCUGUCUUCUUGCCCCUCACCUCCACCUCUACCCCCUUGUCACCUCAGGAGCUCCUCCAAAGCGGGGCCCGGUGGGUACCCCCUGCCCCAGCAUGUGAGUCUCUCGAACCUGUGAUGCUGUGGCUGGCCAUUGGCCCCUUCCGUGCCAUGGAGAACCAAGUGCUGGUGAUUCGCAUCAAGAUUCCAAAUAGUGGCGCGGUGGACUGGACGGUGCACUCGGGGCCGCAGUUACUCUUCAGAGAUGUGCUGGAUGUGAUAGGCCAGGUUCUGCCUGAAGCAACAACCACAGCAUUUGAAUAUGAAGAUGAAGAUGGCGAUAGAAUUACAGUGAGAAGUGAUGAAGAAAUGAAGGCCAUGCUGUCGUAUUACUAUUCCACAGUGAUGGAGCAGCAAGUAAAUGGACAGCUAAUAGAGCCUCUGCAGAUAUUUCCAAGAGCCUGCAAGCCUCCUGGGGAACGGAACAUACAUGGCCUGAAGGUGAAUACCCGGGCCGGGCCAUCUCAGCACACCAGCCCAGCAAUCUCAGAUUCCCUUCCAAGCAAUAGCUUAAAGAAGUCUUCUGCUGAGCUGAAAAAAAUAUUGGCCAAUGGCCAGAUGAAUGAACAAGACAUACGGUAUCGAGACACCCUCGGUCACGGCAACGGAGGCACCGUCUACAAAGCAUACCAUGUCCCAAGUGGGAAAAUUUUAGCUGUAAAGGUCAUACUUCUAGAUAUUACACUGGAACUUCAGAAGCAAAUUAUGUCUGAAUUGGAAAUUCUUUAUAAGUGUGACUCAUCAUAUAUCAUAGGAUUUUAUGGGGCAUUUUUUGUAGAAAACAGGAUUUCAAUUUGUACAGAAUACAUGGAUGGGGGGUCUUUGGAUGUAUAUAGGAAAAUUCCAGAACAUGUCCUUGGAAGAAUCGCAGCAGCGGUUGUUAAAGGCCUUACGUAUUUGUGGAGUUUAAAGAUUUUGCACAGAGAUGUGAAGCCCUCUAACAUGCUUGUAAACACGAAAGGACAGGUCAAGCUGUGUGACUUUGGAGUGAGCACUCAGCUGGUGAAUUCUAUAGCCAAGACGUAUGUUGGAACAAAUGCUUAUAUGGCACCUGAAAGAAUUUCAGGAGAGCAGUACGGAAUCCAUUCUGAUGUCUGGAGCUUAGGAAUCUCCUUCAUGGAGAUUCAGAAAAACCAGGGAUCUUUAAUGCCUCUCCAGCUUCUGCAGUGCAUUGUUGAUGAGGAUUCACCCGUCCUUCCAGCUGGAGAGUUCUCCCACCCGUUUGUACAUUUCAUUACUCAGUGCAUGCGAAAACAGCCCAAAGAGAGACCAGCUCCUGAAGAAUUAAUGGGUCACCCAUUCAUCAUGCAGUUCAAUGAUGGCAACUCCACGGUGGUGUCCAUGUGGGUGUGCAGGGAGCUGGAGGAGAGACGGAGCCAACAGGGGCCCUCAUGAAGCAUCAGCGGGACGUCAGGACCAACCUCCGACGUGGCAGCCUACCACUGGCCCAUCUCUGUUUGCCACCUGCACCAGAAGAGCUUUGCUGGGCACAGCUUCCUGCCUUCACUGUCUCCCUGCCCGGGGAGCCCUCGGGGGGCCAAUCUUUCACCCUCGGUCUGGGGGCACUGACUGUGGCGGGACAGACGGGCACUGAGAAUGGAAGUUCCUCCGCCACCCUCCCCCGCCUUCCGUUUCCCGAAUCUUGUCUGUAAAAGGUCAGGCCUGUCAGCUGCACUGUAGGGAAUAAAAGUAUUACUUCUUCGGA